UAAUCCAUCCGUAUCUCCGCGUUUCGCUCGCUGUGUCUGGACUAACCAGCCCGCUUUCUCAUCGUGACAGAACCGGGGCUAGACAGCAAUAGUCGAGUACCAGCUGCAUGAGGGGGAAAGCAGUUACAAUUUCAAACAAAAACAAGCAGAAAGGAUAGAUAGUGUGAGAGAGAGAGAGAGAGAGAGAGGGGGGGACGAGACCUCUGUAACCAGCAAUUACACCAAAAAAACCAAAAAAAAAUAAUCACCUUUGCAAACCGCGUCGCAGCGCGCAGAUUCUGGAAACUGGGAAAGCUCUGUAUAAUUUACUGGCUUUUAUUUUGUUUUCUUACGUGUGUGUAGUAGCUUAAUUUUAUUUUCGAGUGAGCUUUACUUUCUGUUUUUCUCCCUCUCUCUCAAAGUUUUUUUUUUAAUUUUAAUUCGUUUUUAAAAACAAACUUUUUAUAUAUUUUUUUAGUCCUUUUUUUUUUAAAUAUACAUAUAAAUAACAAUUGCAAUGCCCAAGUCGAACAGACUACGAGAAUACAAACCGGGAGAUUUGGUCUUUGCAAAAAUGAAAGGUUACCCGCACUGGCCAGCAAGGAUUGAUGAGCUUCCUGAAGGUGCCGUCAAGUCCUCCUCCAAUAAAUAUCAGGUCUUUUUCUUUGGCACUCAUGAGACGGCGUUCCUGGGUCCCAAGGAUCUCAUCCCGUACGAGGAAUGCAAGGAGAAGUUUGGGAAACCCAACAAGCGGAAAGGCUUCAGCGAGGGACUGUGGGAAAUCGAGAACAAUCCAGCAGUGAAGGAGUCGGGAUACGAGGCGUCGCCACAGCCGGUUCAGAAGGAGGGCGCGGCGGAAGGAGGCGGGGACUCCGCAGGGGGCGGGGCUGUGAAGAAGGGCGUGGCCGAGGGCAGCAGUGAUGAAGAGGGGACGCUGGUGAUUGAUGAGAAGAACGAGAAAGGCGGAGCCAAACGGAAAGCCGAGGAUUCGCUGGAGGACUCCCCGAAACGACCCAAAGAUUCGGAGGGGGGAGUGGAGGCGGGGAACAAGGUGACGGAGCCCGAAACAACCAAGGCCAAUAACAGCGUGGAGGCGGAGCCUGCAGCCCCGGUGGUUCCGCCCACGACGGACUCCCCCAGUGACAAGAAGACUGCCGGCCAAUCAAACGCAUCUGAGGCCAAGCCCACGCCAGACGAGGCUGCAACAGACAGUGCUUAAAGGGAAGAUCUCCGGUCAACAGACACUCGUUUUUCUGCAGAGUCUGUGUCCUUCAGCAUUCUAAAAAGUGACAGAUAAUUCCUCUUUCAACUGCAAAAGCCUUAUUCACACCAGACGCGAUACGACAAGCGAUUGUGUAACACACCGAGACACACACACACUGAGACACACUGCCUCCAGGGAACAGGGUCUAGCUGGUGUGUGUGUGUGAUUAAUGUACUGAAAGAAGUCUACUUUUUGGGGGGGGGGUAGCUGUGUAACGGGGCUCUCGCAGCUGGUUUGAAAGGCAGGGCUGCAGCCAAAGUCGUUUUUAUCGCUGGGGAAAACCGUAAUCACGUCCGGUGUGAAAAGACCUUUUAGACUAUCUUUAGCUUCAGCGACAGAAAACCUUUUAAUAAAAAUCCUUUUAAAAAAAAAAAAAAAAAAAAAAAAUUCUAAUUAAAUCUGUUCCCGUUUUUGGCGGGGGAGAGAAAGAAAUGAAAUGGGUGAUUUAUUUUUUAUUUUUUGUUUUAUAGACGACAUCAGAUAGGAAUAGGCAAAAAGAAAACAAAACAUUUUGUUUUAGAGGAAUAUUGAAAUGCUGAUUUGACUUUUCUAGUGUAAUUACAAGAAGGUGGUGAAAGAAUAUCUAUAAUGAAAGUUGUAAAUUGAUGUUACAAUGCUGUGUAGCUGCUCCCCUCCCCUCAGUGUUGGUCCGCCCCUGUUAUCUUCCCUGAAGCAGCAGGGGUUGGGACAUUAUAUACCUGCGCACCAACAGUACAGAGAGACGACCUCUAGUGUGUUUCAAAGUUUACAAGUUUAAACCUUUUCUCUACUUUGUCACUAACCCAGCGCUUCCCAGCCCUGGUUUUCAUUCCAACAGAGCUCUCAAUCACUGAGCGAGACCCUGAAUUGAACUGAUCAUUUGCUUAAUUAGACCUUUUUAAUUGUUCUCUGCUCCUGAAAGAAAAAGUUGCAGAGUUUAACUUAUCAAAAUGCUACAGCUGUCUUGAAAUCUGCAGCUGAUUAAGAGCUGAAAACAAGUGGUCUAAUUAAUCAAAUUAGCUCAAUUCAGGGUCUGGUUUAGUCAGCUGGAAUGAAAACCCGCAGACACACACAGGGGGUCCCCCCCCAGGACUGGGAUUGGGGAGUCCUGCUCUAACCAAUCCCACCAGCCCACCUGCACUGUCCCUCAAAUACAGCCGUCCAGCAUUAACACACAAACAAAACUCCCAGUCCAAUCGGCUUUCAGUCUGCUUUGUUUCGUGUUUAUAAAUCUUGACUUUUGCCCUUUCUCUUUUAAAAAAAACUUUUGAGAAUCAAAAAAAAAAAAAUUCAACUUAACCCCAUAUUUUCAACCAACCAGGUACAGAGUAAUUUCUACAUUUUCAAUUCCAAAACUUUGUCCGAGGCCAGCGGUGUCCGAUGCCUAAAGAUCUGUGCGUUUUUUUGUUUUUUUUUAAGGGGACAGAUCACAAUGUGUGGUAUCAGUUCAAACGACAUCCAGUAUUUUUCAAAAAUGAAAAAAAUAAAUUAAAUAAAGAAAGAAAAACCCGUCAUCACAAUAUUCUGAAACCUUUGGUUUUUAAAAUGGUUUUCCUUUUGCAAGUUUUAAAAGCCGGGAGAGAGGAAAAGGGGGUAGGGUUUGAAAAUGAUGUUCAGGCAGGGAAGUUAUAACCCUUUACUCACGUCAAGCGGUUUGGGUCUCGGCUGCUCGGAGCGACAAAAUUCAGCGUUCGCUACGGGAAUAGCCUUUAACCCAUUAAGUGCUACUGUCCUAAUUUGAGGCUACUUUGUUAUGAUCACUGAUUUUGUUAAGUUUGAAUAUAAAGCCGAGGGAACACGAAGCCACCGCUCUGAGGCUUGGAGCUUCAGGUUUCGGGAGACUGUAGGUUUCAGGGCGCUGCGCGGCACACCAGGCAGGGAGACUUGGGGGGGUUUGAUACAGCAAACCUCAAACUAGGUCUCCCGGGGGGUCUCCUGGAACCAGCUUUCAAACUCCUGAGAAAGUGACUCUGUUCGGUUCAGCUUUACACUAAAGGUGUGGACCAAAACUAUCAGGACUAACUGGAGUAUGUCAAUAGAUCUCCUAGUCUCCCGGAACCUGGUUUCAAGCCACUCAGUUUGGACCACGAGAUAACUUAUUUUAAGAUCCCCCACAUUUCAGUAUUUCGUUUUCUCCCACGUCCUCGAUGAGCCACCGUAGUUCUCUCUCUGUUCUG